AUGGCGCCCGCGCAUGAGAAUACGCUGUCCCUUGCCGAGGCCGAUGAGCAUACGGAGGGUACGCCCGCGACACGAAGAAUUGAAUGGGGCAAGCACAUAUCAGCAGAUGACUUGAAGGAGAUUAGAGAGGAGAGGAUCCGAUGGCGUAAGGGCACAACGAAAACCGCGCAGCAGAUGGCCAAAAUGCGCCUCUUUGCGUGCUCUCUCUUUCUCGAAGAUGAUGACUUCGAAGGCACCUACAAGGAAUUGCAGGAAUGGUACGAGGAUGUCGAGAAGAACAAGAAGCGAAUUUUGGAGUCUAAGAAAAUGGUCGAGCAGGCAAAGAAAGUGGCGGCGAGGAAGAUGGAGCUGGCAAUGGAGAAGAAGGCGGCCGAGGAUGACGAGAAGAAGAAGAGGGACAAUCUACCCAAGCUGCCUGAGCCAAAAGCUCUUUCCACGCCUAUCACAAAACCCGCACCUCCAGUCGCCCCUUCAGUCAAGCAACCCAUCCGCUUCGAUCCGAUGACAGGUCCGGAUGAUCCCAACUGUAUAUGCGCGUCGCCGCACUUCCAUCCUGGAAGGCCAUGCCCGAAGUUCCUGGAAAACCAAGCCAAGGUACAACAAGGUCAGAAGAGGAAAGCUCAACGCGCACCAGAUGAGCACCAUAAGAAGAAGAAGGGCCCAUAUGUUCCUUUGGGUGGUGACUGGAAAUGUGGCUCGUGUGGGUAUUGGAACCACAGGUUCUGGCGCACCUGUAGAGGCAAGCGCGGCAAAGAUGAGAUGGCCAGGCCAUGUAUAGCCUUGAGAGACGACGACGAAUAUAACCACCAGGUGCAGCAGGAAGGAGAAGGCAUCCCACGUCGUAAGGGAGGGAAAUUCUCAGGAGACUGGCUUUGCAAGACCUGCAGUUACUGGAAUAGAUGGUUUUGGAGCAGGUGUUCUGCAUGCUACAAGCAUAUCGACGAGGUGCUGGAGGAAAUGGACCGCGAUGACAGCCUGCCAGACCCACCCGACAAGCCAUACGAUGGGCCUCGGAAUGAUUGGGGUCCGGACAACCAGAAGACCGUCGAUCGGACGAGCUAUGAGUCACGUAGCGCGCGCUACAUCACCUGCAAGAAGAAGUAG